AUGGUGAGAUCCAAUACGCCUUCGGCUCAGGACUCCCUACAUCAGCGACCUGGUCGAGGUAGAGCUGCGCCUCGGUCCCGAUUGGGGUGCGCUACUUGUAAGAGGCGACAUGUGAGAUGCGAUGAGGCAUAUCCAUCAUGUCAACCUUGUUAUCGGUUACAGCUCCAGUGCUACUAUCCCCAUCGCUCAAAACGAGCACCUGGACCACCAAAACAUCGAACAUUGCUUCCUUCACCUAAUGUAUCCGGACCUUCCUUCAUCAAUCCAUCCAACACUUGCAUUUCAGGCUUCUCUGGACCAAACAGACAAAGCUCUUUCGUCUGCCUACGGGAAGGGCACGAAGAUGUGGAUGAACUUAAUUCGUUUUCGUGGUCGGAGAGCAACUUGGCCACCGAUAUCAUUACCCUUUACAAUAAUUGGGAAGGGGAACUUGGGGCUUUCGGUAGUCCCAAGUCCCUGCUGUGCAACAUUGGCCAGUCAAACGGUGAUCGAGAUCUGAUAGCAGGUUCUUCGGUACCAAUGAUAUCCGAGCUUUCCGACCUUGGAACUUUCAAUGACGCGGCGACUCUCUGGAGAGCGGCCAUUGGCAGUCCUCAUGUUUCCAGCACAGCCUCUACACAUACAGACGAUCAAUUCCAUCUCGAUAACCUAAUGGCUUCUGAAUCGUUGGAGGAUAAUCAGUCGUUAAAAGUCUUUGGCAAGAUCAUGCAGCCACCUGCGGCCAUGCUCAUGGGGGGCAUCAAGAAGUGGCGACAUCUGCAACAGUACCUAAUGAACUUGGCAUCUCAAAAUGAAGUUGUCAUGGGUGCACUGCUAGGUCUCGAUAAGCUCCUUGAGUGGGAUAGUAUGCGUGACUCGUCCACGACGAGACAUGAUAUUCAAGACCACAUACGGGAUUCAUUCAACACAACAACCUGCGCAAUUCAGCAGGACCUUUCUCAAGUUCAAUACAACAGUAUCAGCUCCAAAAUGGAUGAUUGGCUUGCUGCUAUAUUUCUGUUAGCCUGGACUCAUGUUCUCCGCGAUCGUGCCGAACACGACAGUGGGUGUCUAUUUCCAACCGAACUUGCCGAAACUAUUAUUACAUGCUCCCAUGACUGGAACUGGUACUCGAGGCAACUUCUCUCAUGGUUCAACUCCCUCGAUAGCAAAGCCUCUCAUAUGAGCGGCCCGACUCUUUUAUCAUCUAGAGCCCUCCAAGUUGUUUCUCAGUAUCCUAUCCAGAUCAUCAGUUGUGACUACGAAGAGUCUAAGUACAGAAGAGACUCGCUCGGCGAAGACGAAGACUUCCAAUUACUCUCUCAAAACCCGCUGUCUGCUGUUUCUGAACAUGGCGAUAGUGGCAUCAUCGUCCCUGCGAGGAGUCCUUGUGAUAUAAAGGAGAUCAUACUCCGAUCCAUUCUGCAGCCAGCUGCGGAGUGGUAUUUGAAGACUCAAGCGUAUUGCCGCCAGAUCAGCUCCCUUGACAAGCAUCACUGUAAUCGGUUUACCCCAGAUGCUGAGAUGAAGGUUUCUCUAGAGGGGAAACGAAUUCAUGGCAGGCUUUGGGACUUAUGGGCGCAGUGUCCCUCUGUCACAUCCUUAACCACGGCUGAACUGUCGAUGUCAGUGGCUCCCGAUGUCGCUAUGAGGGUACGAGAGGUCUCCAGCAUAUAUCUAGCCAGCUUCUGGAUCCUAUUUGUCUAUCUCCACCGCAUUUGUUGGUGGCAUCUUCCGCACACUAAAGCAGUAACAGGCGCACUGGAAAAGACGUGGGAACAUAUGAAGAACUCUUAUGGAGAGUCAGACGACAGAAUUCAGGAAAAGACCGUACACCCUGCUCGUAUGUGGCCAGCGUUUCUCUUUGGGGCAGAAUGUAAAACUGUCGAGCACCGCACUUGGGCUAUUGAACAACUGAAAGCCUUGGGAAAGGAAAGACCGGUGCUCAAGUCUGAGGCACAGUGUCUAGAGAAUCUACCAGCAUUUCGUAUUAGUCACGGAGCCACAAGGAAUGCAAAACGGGCUGCACUUUUACUUGAGGCGCUUAUACAAAAGCAAGAGGAAACAAAUUGCAGAGUCGAUGAGAGGGACCUGUCCAUGGACAUGUUUAAUUGUUAUUUCUCAAUAGUGUAA